UCAAUGCACGCAUCAAAAUGCAACACAUGAAGAAGAAGUCGUGGUGCCGGAAGUAGGUGUGUUUGGGUUUCUGGAGCAGAAGAAGCUCACUGCUAACUACUAGCAUCCCGGUGCCACAGGUUCUGGUUUUAUCUCUAGCCUAUCGUCAUGGUCCAUCUGGUGGGUUCCCUCCGUAAAGAGUUAGUGGACUCCUUGUCCACAUGCAAGGUGCUGGUUGUUGGAGCGGGAGGGAUCGGCUGCGAGCUCUUGAAAAACCUCGUCCUCACCGGCUUCAAGAACAUCGAAGUGAUUGACUUAGACACAAUUGAUGUCAGCAACCUGAAUCGUCAGUUCCUCUUCCAGAAGAAGCAUGUUGGCAAGUCUAAAGCACAGGUGGCCAAGGACAGUGCCUUGCAGUUCUGUCCCACUGCAAAUAUUACUGCAUACCAUGACAGCGUCAUGAACCCAGACUAUAAUGUGGAGUUCUUCAGAAAAUUCAUGCUGGUGAUGAAUGCUCUGGAUAACAGAGCGGCCAGAAACCAUGUGAACAGAAUGUGUUUGGCGGCUGACAUCCCUCUGAUAGAGAGUGGCACUGCUGGCUACCUGGGACAAGUCGCGGUCAUCAAAAAGGGAAUGACUGAGUGUUACGAGUGCCAGCCUAAACCUACUCAGAAGACCUUUCCAGGUUGUACCAUCAGAAAUACUCCAUCUGAGCCCAUACACUGCAUUGUCUGGGCCAAGUAUCUCUUCAAUCAGCUUUUUGGAGAAGAGGAUGCAGAUCAGGAAGUUUCACCUGACACGGCAGACCCAGAAGCUGCAUGGAACCCCGAGGAAACAGCGGCUCGUGCCACUGCCUCAGAAAAAGACGGGGACAUCAAGCGUGUCUCGACCAAGGAAUGGGCUCGGUCUACAGGAUAUGACGCCGUCAAACUGUUCAACAAGCUUUUCAAAGAUGACAUCAUGUACCUGCUGACCAUGGACAAGCUGUGGAAGAAGAGGAAAGCCCCGACACCUCUGGACUGGCAGCAGCUGGAAGACAGUGUGUGUCCUGAGGAGCAGACUGCAGGUUCGGGUCUGAAGGACCAGCAGGUUCUGGGUGUGUGGGGUUACUGCCAGCUCUUCAGGCACAGUGUGGAAACUCUCCGCUCACAGCUGCAGGAGAAGGGCGAAGGUGCCGAGCUUGUUUGGGACAAGGACGACACUCCAGCAAUGGACUUUGUCACAGCAGCGGCGAACCUUCGUAUGCACAUCUUUAGCAUGAACAUGAAGAGCAGGUUUGAUGUGAAAUCCAUGGCAGGAAACAUCAUUCCGGCUAGUCCCACAACCAACGCCAUCAUUGCUGGUCUGAUUGUCCUGGAGGGACUGAAGAUCCUGUCAGGAGAACUGGAAUCUUGUCGCACGAUCUUCCUGAACAAGUGUCCCAGCCUGAGGAAGAAGCUGCUGGUCCCAUGUAUUCUGGACCCACCUCGGCCUAACUGCUACGUCUGCGCCAGCAAACCAGAAGUCACAGUGAAACUCGAUGUCCACAAAACCACAGUCCUCUCUCUGCAGGACCGGAUUUUAAAAGAACGGUUUGGGAUGGUGGCUCCAGACGUUCAGAUAGAAGAUGGAAAAGGGACAAUUCUUAUCUCCUCUGAGGAAGGCGAGACCGAAGCCAACAACAACAAAUUUCUUGCUGACUUUGGGAUUAGAAACGGCAGCCGCCUGCAGUCUGACGACUUCCUGCAGGACUACACGCUCCUCAUCAACGUCCUGCACACUGAGGAAUUGGAACGGGACGUGGAAUUUGAAGUAGUGGGUGAAGCCCCUGACAAAGCUCCGCCCCCACAGGCAAAGCAGGAAGAGGUUAACAGCAUUACCAAUGGCAACAAAGACUCCGCCCAGCCGUCCACCUCCUCUAAAGCUUCUGCAAACGACGACGAUGACAUCAUGAUCGUCGACUCAGACGAGGAAGAAGGCGCGUCGUCCGGCUCUGCAGGAGCCAGCAGCGGCGUCAAGAGGAAGCACUCCGACACGGAAACCGGAGAGACGUCCAGCAAACGCCCUCGGACAGGGAUAUCAAGUGCAACAGAGACCACGGCUGACGAAGACGACGAUGACAUCAUCGCUCUGGAUUAACCCGUCCUCCAUCGUCUCCUGAAUGACUGAGAACUCUUAAGAAAAGUCCCCCCCCCUCCCCCACAGACAGUAGGCUGAAAUAGACCACCUCUUAAUGAAGAACAAUUUACUGCCCUGCUCUACCUUUUCUUCGCUCGUCCCUGCCAACCUCUGUGUUCGUGCUCCUAUCGUCCCGUUGUUGUCCACACCAGGCUGUAAAUAGACUAUUCACUUAAAAACAUUUUUGAAAGAAUACAUGCAAUCUCUUUUAUUUUUACUCAUUCCUUGUCUCUUAAGAAUAUAACAUGAUGAUUUAAAAAAAAAAAACAAAGAAAAAG